UUGCAAGUCAUGGCGCAUUACAAAGGAGCAGCAGCCGAGGGAGCUCGAGCAGUUAAUCUCAUGAAGAAACGGGAGCAAGCGAAACAGGAAAUAGAGCGACUGAAGCAGAAGAUCGCUGACGAAAAUGACGUGAGGAGUGGCAUCGACAAAAAAUUUGAUUCGCACUACGAUUUUGUCGAGAACCAGCUAAAGAAUGAAACGAUCGGACUUGUGACCCUGAAUGAAAUGAAAGAAAAACGUGAAGCAAUAGUGAAAGAACACGAGAAGAAACUGGCUGCGAAGGUACAAGAUAACGACGAGAGCAAGACAGCAGAAAGUGUAAAGAAGAAAAAGAAACGUGUUAACCCAAAAUCAAUUCUCUCAUUCGCUCAUGAGAACGAAGACGAGGAAGAAGAAGAAUUUGAAGCUGUUGUGAAGAAACGUAAAGUGGGCAAAAAUCCGGAUGUUGACACUUCAUUUCUACCGGACAGAGACAGAGAGGAGGAAGAAAGGAGGGAACGUGAAACACUAAGGCAAGAAUGGGAAUCAGAGCAAGAAAAAUUAAAAGAUCAAGACAUUGAAAUAACGUACAGCUAUUGGGACGGAUCAGGACACAGACGGACUGUAGUUAUGAAGAAGGGAAACUCAAUUGGACAGUUUCUUUCUCGUUGUUUACAAAACUUAAGAAAAGAUUUCCCUGAACUCAGAGGAGCAUCGACAGAAAGUAUGAUGUACAUCAAGGAAGAUCUGAUCAUUCCUCAUCAUCAUACAUUUUAUGAGUUUAUUGUUACUCAAGCGAGAGGAAAGAGCGGUCCUUUGUUUAGUUUCGAUGUUCAUGACGACGUUCGGUUGGUGAGCGAUGCCAGAAAGGAAAAAGACGAGUCACAUGCAGGAAAGGUUGUUUUACGCAGUUGGUAUGAACGUAACAAGCAUAUCUUUCCUGCAAGUCGAUGGGAGCCUUACGACCCACAAAGGAAGUGGGAAAAAUACACCAUUGGUGAUGGACCGAGAAAAUAGGAUGUUAACUAAUUUAUGUUGUACUGUACAAUGUAUGUGUUUUAUCCGGGACAGUGCUCUAGUUGUCACGUGACUCACGUGACAGUGUCUUGAUGCUAUGAUGCUCG